AUGACCGUCCAGCGCUUCGCCAUGCUGCUGGCUCUGCUGGGCCAGCUGGUGCUGGCCACGGUGUUGGGCAAUGCCCUGGUCAUUCUGGCAUUCGUGGUGGACCGGAGCCUCCGCACGCAGGGCAACUUAUUCUUCCUCAACUUGGCCAUCGCCGACCUCCUGGUGGGCGGCUUCUGCAUCCCCCUCUACAUCCCCUACGUGCUGACGGGCAAGUGGAGACUGGGCAGGGGCUUGUGUAAGCUGUGGCUGGUGGUAGACUACCUGGUGUGCACCGCCUCCGUCUUCAACAUCGUCCUUAUCAGCUUCGACAGGUUCAUCUCUGUCACCAAAGCGGUCAGUUACAGGGCUCAGAAAGGGAUGACCAGAAAUGCAGUGCUGAAGACUAUCACUGUAUGGAUUGCUGCUUUUCUUCUCUAUGGUCCAGCCAUUCUCAGUUGGGAGCACAUUGCCCAAAAGAGCAUCCUCCCUGAAGGAGAAUGUCAUGCAGAAUUCUUCUACAACUGGUAUUUCCUGAUGAUUGCCUCUACUAUUGAAUUCUUUACACCUUUCAUCACUGUUACAUACUUUAACUUAAGUAUUUACCUCAACAUCAGGAAACGCACAUCCCUCAGAAAUGAAAACCUAUCACCUGGUCAAGAGGACUGUGAAAUGAGUUUCCAGGGGAAAAAAAGGGAAUACACUGUAUUUUUUUUAAAACCUGCUAAUAGACACAAACAUGAAAAGAAGAGAGCAAGCAGCCUUUCUCCCCCCAAAAAGGCUUCAAGGCUCAGCCUACAUAAGCUUGACAAUCAGUCAUUAAAUUUGAAUGCCAAUCAAGACCUUCCACCACUGCAAGUGGAAGUCGAGACCAAGUCUCAUAGGAAUGGUUUCUACAAAACUACAGAAAGUGUAUGCAAUGCCACCAGCAGAGUGGACAUUGCUAACACUAUGGCAAAUAGAUUUAGGCUUUCCCGGGAUAAAAGAGUAGCAAAGUCUUUAGCAAUUAUUGUCUGUGUGUUUGGUUUGUGUUGGGCUCCAUAUACACUUUUGAUGAUCAUCAGAGCAGCUUGCCAUGGGCACUGUGUGCAGUAUUCACUCUAUGAGACUUCAUUUUGGCUUCUGUGGGUGAAUUCAGCCAUUAACCCUGUUCUAUACCCAUUGUGUCACAUGAGCUUUAGGAAAGCCUUUAUAAAACUCCUGUGUCCAGGAAAAGCCAAAAUUCAUCCUCAUAUUUUAAUGUGAAAAAAAAGGAAGUGUGAAGGCUGACAAUUAGUACAUCUUGCUUUCAGUGGGAGCAUAAACUGGUUAAUACUCACCUGCAAGUAUUAAGUGCAAUGUGCACUGGAUAGUUUAUGGAAUACUGGUAAGUAGGUACAAGUGUACGUAUUUAUGAAUGUAUAGAAAUACAGUCAUCCAUGUAGCUAGAGAAGUCACAGCAAUGAAAAGAAAGGUAAUUUCUCAGAGCUCUUUAGGAAAUUAUGCCAACAGUACAUUUUCUGGUAAUGGUGCACUGGUGUUAAAGUGCUGAAAAGGGAAUACAACAUUCAUGGCCAAUAAUUAGAGUUCAGGCUCUCUCACUUUUAGUAACUAACUGUAAAUAUUGCUGGUAAGGAAUUUCAUGAAGUGUUAACCUUGGACCUGUUAUAUUUUACCCCCAAACCCACUCUAAGACACCAAGAGUCUCAGCUGUUAAGUGUAGUAUGCUUUUUCCCCCACUUAGUGGCAAGCCAGACAAGAUCAUGACCAAUGCAAAACAACUAAAUACUUGUCUCAUGCUUUUCCUGGUCACCAGAGGCACCAGAACCAGAGAAGGUUACCAGAGAAGCUGAGCAAUUUUAGCAGGUAAGGGAGCACUGAUCUGAGUGGAAAAGGUGAUUGAGAAAUAAGAGUAGACUUUUUAGUAGAACUAAGUUCAGGGACAGGAAUGUAAAAGGGGUUUGAGCUUUGUAACAGGAAAUAUGAGAAUUGAUACACUGGAAUAAUUUCACCAUGAGUUCCUCCCUCAGCUAUGACUUCCUGCCCCCUGCCAGGAUCCUGCAUGGGCAGGAAUCUACUCAAGUCAAACCUCUAUUCCGUACAGGACAGACAGGUAUUACUCUAUCUUCUACUGUAAGUAUAGAGUAGCAUAAUUAGUCUAUGAGGUCUGUGACAGACAGAUCUUGCUAUAGACAGAGCUUUAGGUAAACUUUCCCUUGGAGUAAUUUUUAAAACAUUUCCCAUUAGACUUUUACUAGUUCUGGCUAGUUCUGAAAGGAAAAAAAAAAUACUGUAUUCCCCUACCCCACGCAUUGAAUCUAUCCAUCCAUCAAGUCAGUGGUCAAAAAAGUAUUACUUGAAGUGUUGAGACGUUUUCCAAGUCAUGCAUCGGGAAUAGCAUGACUCAAAGAAGUCUUAAAAUUCACAGCCUUGCUAUUGACCAUGAGUGUGAAAAACAAGAACAUAAACAACUACAUACCAUUUCUGCCAUUCUGCCUCUGCCACAAGAGAAGCUCACACAGCUAGAUCCUGAGUUUUGACUAGAUUUGUCCCACAAGCAGUAUCAAUUUGAACAUCACUAGUGAUACAAGUUUGUUUCCACCAUCAUAAGCAUUUUCUAUGUAGCUUAACAGAUGCUUUCCUUUGCUGACAAGUGAUAGCUAUUGAACAGCCGUAGUUGUCCAUUGCCACAGCCAAGAUGCAUGUUAGUACAGUUGAUCUUAAAGUUUACAGACAGUAUUUUGAAAUUAUUUACUUUGUAAAAUUUCAAUAAAAGUAAUUAAGAACUGUGGAAGAAUCAUAACUCUGUAGCCUUAACAAGUGGUACACAGGAAAAUACACUGGCCUACAACAUUUGGGUAACUGCAGUUGAAACCGCAAAACCAUUAUUCAAAGACAAUUCCUAAGUUACAAGGACUGACCUUGAGGAUUACACAAACAUGGUUAGCAAAUAUUGUAAACUAGGAGGGCAUAUCCCUACUAGAUGAAUGUAUCUACAUGAACAUCAUGUUCUGCUAUGGAUGUUUUAUAACAAAACAAUCAGCUUAACGGUUCUCUUAAGAGGAACAGCAUCAACAGAUACAGAGCAACAUUAAGAUUUUUGAAUAGCAUUAAUUAUACCACUGGGCAAGUAAAGCCAUUAAAUUAUCUCCCCAUUCCUCCUCCCCUCCAAGCCAGACUUAUACAUCAGUAGAUCAAUGAUCUAGUUGUUGUCUACUCCAUAAUUCUUGUUUCCUAGGAUCGUAUUUGCCUUUUUCAGAAAACAGGCAGCACUACAUUAUUGGACACUCCCACCAAGGUCUCAUGCACUAUCCAUUCAAGCCAGGACAAUUUUCACAACAGUGGUCAACUCAAGGAGUAAGGAAGUUCAAUCAGUUAGCUUUAGAACAUUACAUUCAGUUAAGGUAAAACAGACAUUUCAAAGUUUUCAGCCACUGGCAUUAACCUACAGACUAGACCAGUCUUCACAGGAGUUGCCAUUGGCAAUUGCUCUACUGCUCAAUUUCCUACAGCUUUGUCAUUUAAUUGCCACUCAUCUCUAGCACAGACCUGGAAUCCAGUAGGAUUCUCCACCACUCUGAAGAUAUGUCACAAAAGCAUUUUGACAUGUGAACACACAUCGUCUCAGCAUCAUUUGGAAAAAACUAGUGGUUUUGAAUGAUAAAAUUCUACAUUAGAAAUGCUAGCAGCCUCCCAGCUUGUCCAGGUUAACUAUGCCUUGAUUCUUCUAUCCCU